AUGGAAGACAGCACAUCAACCCCAAAGGAUCGCAGUCGAGUGAAUUCGCCUGCCAUUAUGAGUAAUCCAGGAACUCCGCGAUCUGAAGACGUAAGAGCUACACCCUCCCCAAAUCAAAUGAGAAGGGGGCACAACCCUGCACAAGCCAUGCAACUCAGUCAGCAGCAACUGAUGCAGCUGCAGCAGCAACAUCUUCAGCAACUUCAGAACCAGCAACUAGCCCAGCAGCAGCAAUCUCAGAGCAAAUACACACAGCUGCUUGCUGUUAUUGAGGACAUGGGAAGAGAUAUUCGACCAACUUACGCUGGAAGUAAGACCUCCGUAGAGAGACUGAAGCGUGGAAUUGUUCACGCACGUAUUCUUGUUCGAGAGUGUUUGAUGGAAUGCGAAAGAAGUGCCAGGACCUAA